AUGGCACACAAACCCAAAUCCGCACGCGAGCAACAUUACCAGCUUGAAGACCAAGCGAACCUCCUCCCGAAAAAGCAAGUCAUAGUCGUCUUCUCGGCCCUGGCCUGCAUUCUGCUCGUCACGUUCAUCGACCAGAAUGCCGUCGGUGUCAUGCUGACCACCAUCGGCGGCGAUCUUCAUGCCGAGAACACCAUCUCCUGGGCCGCCACGGCGAAUUUGAUCGCAAACACGACUUUCCAAGUGCUCUAUGGGAGACUGAGCGACAUCUUCGGGAGGAAAGGCGUCCUUCUCACGGCCAUCGUGCUGCUGGCGGCGGGCGAUCUGGGAUGCGGUUUCGCCCAGAGCGGACCCCAGCUGUACGCCCUGCGAGGCCUGAGUGGCGUGGGAAGUGCCGGCAUCACGGCUCUUUCGAUGAUGGUUACGAGCGACAUUGUGACCCUGAGAGAAAGGGGGAAGUAUCAAGGCAUCCUAGGAUCUUGCGUCGGCUUGGGCAACAUCAUCGGCCCCUUUAUAUCGGCGGCUUUCACCGAGAAAGCGACCUGGCGGGCCACGUUCUGGUUCAUUUCACCCUUGGCAAUCGCGGCCGGAGGCAUCGUUCUCGUCGUCUUGCCACAGAAGAAACCAAAGGACAGUUUCAAGUCCAAGCUCCGCAAGGUCGACUUUAUCGGGUCCUUCUUCAGCACAGCCGGCAUGAUCUUGUUGUUGAUCCCCAUCUCUGGAGGUGGAAGCUACUUCGACUGGCGCAGUGUCAUGGUCAUCGUCAUGAUCAUCUUCGGAGCACUGUGCAUGGUCGCUUUUGUUCUUGUCGAAUGGAAGGUCGCCCAGUUACCAACCAUGCCUCUUCGCCUGUUCAAGAACCGCGCCGUCUGUGCGAUUCUGGCGCAGAAUUUCCUGUUCGGCUCCGUCUACUACAGCAUCUUAUACUACGUCCCACUCGCACUGCAGAACGUCCGCGGACUCAGUCCGUUGGCGUCUGCGGGCGUCAUUGCUGCCAUGGUAGGAGCUCAAAGCUUUACGUCCGUCGCGUCGGGCCAGUACAUAUCACGCACGGGUCGGUACGGGGAAGUGCUCUGGUUCGGUUAUGGCGUCUGGACCGUCGGUGCCGCACUGUGUUGCAUGUUCUCUCGGUCACUGCCCAUCUGGGCCAUGGCCAUUCUCUUGUUCAUCGAGGGCAUUGGGGUGGGGAAUUGCUUCCAACCAACUCUCGUCGCGUCACAGGCGCAUUGUGUCAAAGCAGAUCGCGCCGUGGUCAUCAGCACACGCAACUUCUGCCGAACCUUCGGAGCCGCCACGGGCCUGGCCGUAUGCGCCGCCAUCUUCUCCAACGUCCUGCAAUCUCGGCUGCCUCAAGCGUUGCCGGAUUCUUUUCGCCAGACCGUCACCGCAUCUAUCUUCAAGACGCCUGA